UAGAGAAGUAUAUCAGUUUUCUCCUCAGUGAAGAGCCUCUGUCUCUCUGGUUUUCAGUGCAUACAAUAUAAGAAAGGAAAAUAUGAGGUAUAAAAGUGAAGGCAAGUUAAAGUUACAGACUUUUUCACUGUCUAUCUGUGCUUUAUGUGGAUUGUUUUUGUAGUCUCAACUUCAUCAGUGAAGUUUCGGAGAAGAAAGCCAGGUUUCAAACUUAGGAUUUACCUUUUUCCCAUCCUACUCCAGGAUUUAGUGGUUACUACCAUCGAUAUACAGUAAGGAAUUGCUGGUUCCUCUUAAGAGAAGUGAGCUGUUUAGAAUAUUACAGAGGAAGAUAAGCAUGUCACGUGCAAAAAGUUUGUGCGAGGUGAUCUAAUGGCUUAUUCUAAUAUGUUAAGCCUGAAACAUACAAGCAACUCACUUUUCAGUAUUCCUGGUUUCUUUACAGGGUUUGGUAAUAAAGGUUCGUCAGAUUCUGACUCAGUUAGGAGCCCUACAUCUCCUCUAGAUUUCAGAGUUCUUUACAAUCUUAGCAACCCAUUUAGUCUUAAGUCUGGUAGACCAUCGUCCCAAAAUGGAAAUAAAAAGAAAUGGGAUUGUAGUAAAGAAGGCCUCGGCAUUGUCAAUUCACUAGGUGAUGAAACUAAAGCAACUAGUGAAGUUAUUGGUGCACCAAAGAGGAAGAAUAUAAUUUUUGGAUCACAGGUGAAAACUAACAUCUCUAACUCCUCAAAGGUUUAUUAUGAUUCAGACGAUUGUUCCAUCAAGUCCAAAUCUUUAAAUAGGAACUACAUAACUCUCGAUCCCCAACACCAAGCAGACAAAGUGAAUGGUUUCUUUGAGAGUGUGGGACGUCCUUUGGAAUCUGAACCAUCUGAAAACAUUGCAUCAUGCUUGUUAAACUCCAGUGGUUCCUCACAAAGUGGCUCUAUGUAUGAUCCAAACUUGAGGUUCAAAAGUCUUGAUUCAAUGGAUAAAAUUUUGAGUUCAUCUUUAGUUUUAGGCAGAAGUUUCCAAGUAGAAAAUUCAGUGGGUUUCAAACCCAGUUCACUUCCAGUACCUAUUGCCUCUACCCAUCAAUAUGCAUCCUCUAUCUCUGCAAGAGAGAUAGAACUGUCUGAGGAUUAUACCUGUAUAAUUUCUCAUGGUCCAAAACCUAAGACAACUCAUAUUUUUGGGGACUGUAUUUUGGAAUGUCACACAAAUGAGUUAAACAAUUUUGAUGAAGCAAAACUCUGGAUAGAAUCACCUCGAGUGGCUAAGUGCCAGGACAGAUUGGCAAAUGAGCAUUUGGAUGAAGCUUUGAGAUUCUGUUACACCUGCAAGAAGACCUUGGAAGGAGAAGAAAUGUACAUGUGCAGAGGUGAGAAAGCAUUUUGUAGUUUCGAUUGUCAUUCGGAGAAGAUUUUUGCUGAAGAGGAAACAGAAAGUAUGUGUGAUAAUUCUGCAGGUAGCUCUUCUGAAAGCUACCGUGAAGAUCUCUUCUUAUUGGGCAUGCAUUGUGAGGACAUAGAAUAGGUCUUCCUGUCUAUCAUUUUGAGCUGAUGGAUUUCAAGUGGCUGAACGCCCUGAUCAUCAGUUUUUUUCUUAUUGUUUCCUAAUUCGCUGCAAGUACUUAUCUAAGAAACCCUUUGGACCUGGUGAACUCAUUAGUGAGUGCAUGGGAUAUUUAAAUAACACCUUACCAUUUACUUCUCA